GAAUCCCAACCUAUCACAACCGUACUUCACCGCUUCCAACAAGAAAUGCCACUCCUUCACGAACAUGGCGUUUCACUAGUGGACUGUACACGGGCUUUUCGAGAUCAAAUUGAGGUUUAAACGUUGUGACGAGAGACAGACCUCGUUGCAACCUGAACAAGACACCGUAAGUACAGGUCAAAUCAGUGCAAGGAAAUCCAAGGAUAAGCAUACGCAGAAACCACAUUCGUGACUACAGUAACUAGCCUCCUCAAAAACUACAUCUCCCAGCGUACCCUGCAGUGAGUCCAUGUGGGCAUGCGUGGUCAUCCCCUCAGACUGGCAGAGCAGGCUGACAUAGCGGGGCCAGUGGGUGGCAUUGUCCUCCAGCCGACGUUGGGGAUCGAGGGGACAGCCGACGUUGGGGAUCGAGGGGACAGCCGACGUUGGGGAUCGAGGGGACAGCCGACGUUGGGGAUCGAGGGGACAUUCGGAGGGUGAAGGCGCUGCCUAUGCUCGUCUGGUGUGUGUGUGAGACUCGGAGCAUGGUGAGAGGCUGCGCUGGUUGUCAUGGAGCUACAGGAUAAGAAGCAGGAGGAGGGGGGAGCGGGGACCUUGGGCUUGUCCACUGGUCAGGCUCUGGGAACACUGAGGGACCAGCUCACCACCCUGCUUGACCAGCACCAGACCACAGGCCGUGGCAAACAACCCACUGCACAGGAGCAGUGGGUGAAAAGCUUCCUUCACCAUGGCAACCGCCACUCCUGUCUCCAUUGGCCGGGAGCCGCCCUCACACUGCUGGUGGUGGUGGGACUUCUCUGUUGUUAUGGCGACCAGCCGCACGGCAGUUCUGGGAUAGAGUUGGUGAACGCUGCAGCCCUCCUCAUGCUCUUCACGCUGAGCUUCAUGCUGAUUGGUCGACAGCAGAGGCUGAGGAGAACUGAGAUGGUGCACCGGCUCAACAGCAUCAUCAAUCAGCUCAACGGCUACCUGUCGGGCUGGGCAGAUUUGGGUGAGGGGAUGAGGUGGUCUCCCUCCCUUUACCCUGACCUGUACACCCCCUCCUCCCCCUCCUGGUCGCUCCACUGGACCUACCGCGACUCCAACCUGGUCAACCUGCCUGUGUCCCUACUGGUGGAGGGAGACGUCAUAGCACUACGGCCAGGACAGGAGACAUUCUCUUCUCUCAGAGGCAUCAAUGAUGACGAUCAUAUAGUUCUGGAGCCAGGGGACAUGUUCCCACCUCGUUCCCCCCCUCCCUCCCCCCGGGGGGACCAGAAGAGGGGUCCCCAGAGCCCCCAGCAGCACCGCCUCUUCAGGGUGGUCCGCACGCCCAUCCUCGACAGCGUCAGGAACAGUCUGGACCUGGCUCUGUCUCGACCAAUCACAGCCCUGGAUAACGAGAGGUUCACCGUUCAGUCCAUCAUGGCCAAGUUCGCCUGCCCUAUUGUACUGAUGACGUUCUUGGUUGUAAAUACAGUGCGUUAUUUCUUUGACGCCCCUAGCCUCACUCCUGGACGUUUCAACUUCAUCCAGCUGCAGCUGAUGGGAGUGCUGCCCAUCCUUCCCCUGCUGUUUCCUGUCAUGUGGGUUCUGGUCAACACCUAUGGCGAGGCUUGCGUCCUGGCUGAGUCCAGCAGAGCUUCUCCUACUGGCCUGCUUGCUAAGUUCUCCGAGGACACUUUAAGCAGCUACACUGAAGUGGUUUCAUCCCAGGAGAUGCUGCGGUGUGUGUGGAGACACCUGCUGGGCGUGCUGAAGGGAGAAUCACAGACACUCUGCUAUACUUCCAGCCUGCUACACACACUUGGCUCUGUCACUGUGUUGUGUUGUGUGGAUAAACGGGGUGUAUUAUCCUGGCCUAACCCCAGUCCAGAGACGGUGCUGUUCUUUAGUGGUCGCGUGGAGCCGCCUCACAACGACAGUCAAGAAGACCUGCGAGACGACCUCUCUGUCAACUCCGAGGACCGGGACGAGACACUGGAGGGGGAGGCUCUGCUGUGUAUGCCAAUGAUGGAUGGGUAUGAGCCCAGCGAGACGUCACAUGACACUGGCUGUUCGCAAGCACGGGAGACACACACACGCACCAAACACCCCUCAGGAUCUAAUGUCAGCUUCAGCCACGACACUGAUGGAGGGGAUCAGGGCCCUGAACAGGAUAUGUCGGGUUGCUAUGACAACGAAGCGGAGGACUACGUGUGUGAUUACCACCUGGAGAUGUUGAGUCUGUCUCAGGACCAGCAGAACCCGGUGAGUAUCCAGUUCGACGAGCAGGGCUGGCAGUGCCACCUGCCCAGCCUCAAGCCCCUGGGCCUCAACAUCCUGCUCAACCUGUGCAACGCCAGCGUCACGCAGCAGCUCUGCCGCUUCUCCGACCACCUCAGUAACCUGGCGCUGCAGGAGAGCCACGGGGCCGUGCUGCCCGUCCACGUGCCCUGGGGACUGUGUGAGCUCUCCAGGCUUAUAGGGUUCACUCCUGGGGCGAGGGAGCUGUUUAAACAGGAGAACCACCUAGCUCUGUACCAGCUGCCCUGUGGGGAGAAGGCCAAGGAGUCUGUCCCUCGACGCCAACAUAACUUUACCAAGAGACAACCUCCCAUCAGCCACCUCAUCUCCCUCUUCAUCAGAGACUCCUCUUCCAAUAACGUCCAGAUGUUGUCUCACGGCUCAGCUGACCUCAUCCUGGAGGCCUGCACUGACGUCUGGGACGGAACCGAUAUCUACCCCCUCUCUGGCUCCGACAGGAAGAAGGUUCUGGACUUCUACCAACGGGCCUGUCUGUCGGGAUACUGCUCUGCUUUUGCCUACAAGCCCAUGCAGGUGUCUCUGUCCAACCAGCUCAAUGGGAAAUGUGUGGAGCUAGCCCCCGGACCCAACCUCUUCUCUGGGGUAGAACUGCCCUCCACCACCCCUAUCAAACAUGUCUCCCGCAGGAACUCCUGGAGCUCUGAUGAGGGUAUAGGAGGUGUGGAGAAGGACGACUGUGUUCAGGCUCUGAGUGGUCAGAUCUUCAUGGGGAUGGUGUCAUCACAGUUCCAGGCUCGUCUAGACACCGUCAGGCUCAUAGACGCUCUGGUCACCGCCUGCAUACGCUUCGUCUACUUCUCUAUGGAGGACGAACUACGCAGCAAGGUGUUUGCAGAGAAGAUGGGCCUGGAGACAGGGUGGAACUGUCAUAUCUCUCUGACCCCAAACAGAGACAGUCCCUGUGACGGCGCCCCCAACAGCCCCGGCCAGUACUCCGUACACGAUGAACAUCAAGACUCCAGAGAUGAGGCAGAGGGGCUGCUGUUACCAGAGGAGGAGCCCACUGAUGUCCCCAGCUUCCUGGAGGACUGUAACCGGGCGAAGCUACCUCGUGGUAUCCACCAGGUUCGUCCUCACCUGAAGAACAUUGACAACGUGCCUCUGUUGGUGCCCCUCUUCACCGACUGUACCCCAGAGACCAUGUGUGAGAUGAUCAAGAUCAUGCAGGAGAACAGAGAAGUGACGUGCUGCCUGGGGAGCUCUGCUAACUUCCGCAACAGCUGCCUCUUUCUACAGAGUGACCUCAGCAUCGCCCUGGACCCCCUGUACCCGUCGCGGUGUUCGUGGGAGACGUUUGGCUACGCUACAGGGGCAGGGCUGAACGGGGAGGUGGAGGGUCUGUCUCCUCUCAGUCUGUCUGGUCAACUCAACACCCUGGCCUGUUCUGUCACCUUCCACCAGGGGGAGUCGGUCAGCAUGGUCAAACUCAUAGAACAGGCACGUCACACCACCUACAGCAUCCGCAAGAGUUUCCUGUUCCUGUUGCAGUGUCAGCUGACCCUGGUCCUCAUCCAGUUUCUGGCCUGCCUUGCCCAGCUCCCUCCUCCCAUGAACAUCACUGACAUCCUGUGGCUGUCCUGCUUCAGCUGUCCAUUGCUCAGUGUGUCAUUCUUAGGAAAGCCACCAGACAGUUCUGUGAUGAAUGUAGCCACAGGGAAGAACCAAGAUGCCAUCCCCAGAAAGACGCAGACCUACUUCCUGGGUUGUUUCCUGCUGAAGUUUGGCCUGACCGUGUGUGCCUACCUCCUGGGCUUUGGCUUCACGCUGCACGAGGUCUGCCUGAGGACCAACAACCUGACACUGGCCGAUAACACCACCAUCAACUGUACUGAUAUCCUCAGGGUCAGUUCAGCUCGGGACGCUCCCCAUUGGUUCAGAGAGCUGUCCAACGGCCUGCUGCUCACUCAGAAGGUCAUGGCUGGGUUCCUGGCCCUGCACACCGUGGUCAUCUCGCUAAGUUACGUCCAUCGCUCCCAGCCUCUGUGGAAGAAGAACCCUUUCAGCAACACCUGGUGGUGCCUCACUGUCCUUGUAGUUCUGUUGGGUCAGAUGGUACAGGCCACGGUGGACUACAAGCUGUGGCAGGACAGGUCGGGUUCUUUGACCUUUGGCCUGAAGGACAUCCCCAUGCUGGCCUGGCUGUUGGUCUCCCUGUCCUGCCUGGUGGUGGUGCUGCUCAACGAGGCCGUCAAACUACACGAGAUACGGGUGAGGGUUCGCUACCAGAAGAGACAGAAGCUACAGUUUGAGACUAAACUAGGGAUGAACUCUCCCUUCUGAUUGACAAUUAACAGAAGGGCGUGGCAAAGCAUGCUGUGAACCAAUCAGCCCUCGGGGAAAGAUGAGGCACCAGAAUCUGGAGGAGGUCGAAGUUGGCCCUAACCACUGACACAGGGUCAGAUGGUUCUCAUCCCUCUGUUUGUUAGGAUUGGAGAAAGGGUUACCUGACUUUAGAUCUGUGGUUUAGGGGAACUUCUACCUUAAACCCAGAAUCAAUCAAACUCAUUGAGUGCCCAUUGACUUGAACCCAGGAUCACUCAACCCACCUCACCCCGAAAGCACUUUGCCUAGCAGGUCCUCCAAACCGCUACAUGUGCUGGGUGGUCGAACACUGCGAAAAUCCAAUCUUUUUUUAUUUUUUAGAUUUAAAUUAUAUUGUAUCAUUGUUAUGUUUAAAAAGAGGAAAAUCCCAAAGAAUGUUAUUUUCUUUUUUGCUUUUAAAAGACAGCUAAGAAAUGUGAAUAAUUUAUUAUCUAGUGGAAUGUUUUUCUUAACGAAUGGGAAAGGUUUUACUGUAUCCCCUACUUGAGUUUAGGGUCAGGGGGCUAUUUUCUCCUAGUCACUGGUCUCUGAUACUGGCUCACAUGGGGAUUAUCACACUUUAUCACACUUCAGCAUGUCUCCCCCUUUCACAUGAAUCCCAAUACCAUAGUAGAGUACAAUAGCCUUCACCUUGAAUGUAGUGUGUCAUUACAGCCACUUGCUGCUGUAUAUCUGAAUGCCCAAGCAGUGCUGAAAGGACAGGAGAGAUGUAUCUAGUAACAUGUCUCCGGUCUGGGACAAUGUCCUGGUCCUAAAUCUGUCAAAUAAUUGGCAUUGAUAGACCUGAAAAGCCUGCCAUUAAGGUGAAGUCUGGAGUCCACAAUGUAGUGCUAACCCUGUGGAUUCACUUGAAGCAGAGUCCACAAUGUAGUGCUAACCCUGUGGAUUCACUUGAAGCAGAGUCCACAAUGUAGUGCUAACCCUGUGGAUUCACUUGAAGCAGAGUCCACAAUGUAGUGCUAACCCUGUGGAUUCACUUGAAGCAGAGUCCACAAUGUAGUGCUAACCCUGUGGAUUCACUUGAAGCAGAGUCCACAAUGUAGUGCUAACCCUGUGGAUUCACUUGAAGCAGUUUCGGAAAGGUUCUGUUGACCAUACUAAGGAUUUCUUAACAAGGCUAUUCUUUAUAGCCCAGACUUCUAGCCAUGAAAUCAACGUGGCAUGUUCUUAACCAGGAUCCAAGAAUAUAUCCCUAUCCCUUGUGAUUUUCCUUCCUAACAAAUGUUUCCUUUGUUUCAACCACACGAUCCGACUCCCGAGCUAAGCCAAGGGCAAUCCUGCUCUAAUGCAAUAAGUAAUGAAGAUUCAUUUAAUUUACUAUAAACAAGUAAAAACCAAAUUUGUCUCUUUCUAGGUUAAUUGUAUUUUGAAGAAUGUGCUAGCCUGCCACUUUGAAACUCAUGUACUGUACGAAAGGGAUUUGUUUAAUCAUCAAUCAUCCUAGACUGGGUUGAUCCUUGUGUACAUACUGUUUUUCCCACCAGAGUUCUACUGAGGGACUGUGGUCUACUCAAGCUAAUAAGGUUUCGUCAGUGGUGUUCUAGAUUAAAAUAGCCUCGAGUUCUAGAGCAUCCCAGGUUAUUCUGAAGGUGCUUCAUGUCAUCCAGUUGUCUUUUUACUGGCCUGUGUGCUUGUUUCUGCAUUCGACAACAACCAUGUGCAAGCUGACUUAGUCCGCGAUUCAAUCCGAUCACGCUUGUAGACAAUGCUGCUUUCAAAGGCAAUGGUACCGCGUUCAUAGAGAUCCCAUUUUAAGGUUAAAGCUGCAGACCUCGGCUCAAUUGGAAAUGGCCUAUGUCAAGCGCUGAAUGGUGCUUUCGGAUUGAAGCCUGGCCUAAAGGCAGAAUUACUGAGACCCGCCAGGCUACCUGUCUGUGUUGGGUGAUCAUAUCAGUAGACCCAUUUCAACUCUACAAAUGAUGACUAGCUACAGAUUGAUCAGCCACUACUGUUCUAUUUUCAUUGUUGUAUGUUAUUUUUACAGCUUGACGUGUUGAUCUUCUUAUCCUUGUUUCCCAAAUGGCACCCUAUGCACUUCGGUCUGGAGUUUUUCCCCCUGUUGUAUCACGAGGUCAGAAAAAAACUCCUGUGCCCCAGUCAAACUGUAUACGUUUGAUCAUGCGUGGUGCGCCCACACCUCUCGACUUCUCACCACGUGCUCUGGUAUUGGUUACCCCUCUCUGUUUUGAAUGCGGGCUACAAUGCUCAUACGUUAUAUUGACAUGGGGUCGGAGCAGGGCCCAAGAUGGCAUAAAAACAUGGUGCCUACCUUUUUUUUUGUUUUUUUUAAUUAACACCUCAGGAUUGGGCCUCGCACACUUGUGGUCUUCACAAGCUCCCUUUGGUUGGUGCGUACUUACUUUAAGUGACACUAUUUCAUAGAAGAGUUGGUAGUUGCAUGGUCUGCUAGAUCUGUGUGUGAGGUAGAUGUCAUGUAAAAGCACGGGACUAUGUAGAAAUCCUUAUUGAAUGAACAACGUAUCUUAAAAGGGAAAACAGACUGAAGAUGUUGGUUUUUGUACAAUAGAAUGCAUCCACACACGGCACAUAAGUACAUUUCAAUCCAUUAUAAAAAUAAAAAAAAUGUAUUUCCCAUAUAUAUGACUGGACACAUCUACUCAUUCAAGGGGUUUCUUUAUUUGUGCUAUGUUCUACAUUGUAGAAUAAUAGUGAACUUCAAACCUAUUAAAUAACACACAUGGAAUCAUGUAGUAACCAAUAAAGUGUUACAUAUCAAAAUAUGUUUUAUAUUUGAGAUUCUUUAAAGUAGCCAACCUUUGCCUUGACAGCUUUGCACACUCUUGGUGUUCUCUCAACCAGCUUCAUGAGGAAUGCUUUUCCAACAGUCUUAAAGGAGUUCCCACAUAAUGAGCACUUGUUGGCUGCUUUUCCUUCACUCUGCAGUGCAACUCAUUUCUAACCAUCUCAAUUGGGGUUGAGGUUGGGGGAUUGUGGAGGCCAGGUUAUCUGAUGCAGCACUCCAUCACUCUUCUCCUUGGUAAAAUAGCCCUUACACAGCCUGGAGGUUUGUUGGGUCAUUGUCCUGUUGAAAAACAAAUUAUGGUCCCACUAAGCACAAACCAGAUGGGAUGGUGUAUCGCUGCAGAAUGCUGUGGCAGCCAUGCUGGUUAAGUGUGCCUUGAAUUCUAAAUAAAUCACUGACAGUGGCAGCAGCAAAGCACAAUCGCACCACCUCCGGCAGGUAGCCUAGUGGUUAGAGCGUUGGGCAAGUAACCGAAAGGUUGCUGGAUUCAAUCCCCAGGCUGACAAGGUAAAAAUCUGUCAAUCUACCCACGGUUCCCUGGGCACCAAAGACGCCAGCCCCCAACACCUCUCUGAUUCAGAGGGGUUGAAUUAAAUGCGGAAGGCAUAUUUCAGUUGAAGGCAUCCCCCUUUCCUCCAUGCUUCACGGUGGGAACCACACAUGCGAAGGUCAUCUGUUCACCUACUCUGCGUCUCACAAAGACCAAAUAUCGCAACUUUGGACACAGACCGGUGAAUUGUUCGUGUUUCUUGGCCCAAGCAAGUCUCUUCUUAUUGGUAUCCAUUAGUAGUGGUUUCUUUACAGCAUUUCGACCAUGAAGGCCUGAUUCACACAGUCUCUGAACAGUUGAUGUUGAGAUGUGUCUGUUACUUGACCCCUGUGAAGCAUUUAUUUGGGCUGCAAUCUGAGGUGCAGUUACCUCUAAUGAACGUAUCCUCUGCAGCAGAGGUCACUCUGGGUCUUCCUUUCCUCUGGCCGUCCUCAAAAGAGCCAGUUUCAUCAUGGCGCUUUUAUGGUUUUUGUGACUGCACUUGAAAGAAACUUUCAAAGUUCUUAAUCUUCCAGAUUGACUGACCGUCAUGUCUUUCAGUAAUGAUGGACUGUCAUUUCUCUCUGCUUAUUUGAGCUGUUCUUGCCAUAAUAUGGACUUGGUCUUUUACCAAAUAAGGUUAUCUUCUGUAUACCAACCCUACCAUGUCACAACACAACUGAUUGGCACAAACGCAUUAAGAUGGAAAGAAAUUCCACAAAUGAACAAGGCACACCUGUUAAUUGAAAUACAUUCCAGGUGACUACCUCAUGAAGCUGGUUGAGAGAAUGCCAAGUGUGCAAAGCUGUCAAGGCAAAGGGUGGCUACUUUGAAGGAUCUAAAAUAUAUUUUGAUUGGUAUCACACUUUGGUUACAACUUGAUCCCGUAUUAGUUUUGUCUUCACUAUUAUUUUACAAUGUAAAAAAAAAUAUAUAGCCCUUGAAUGAGUGUCCAAACUUUUGACUAGUUUUGUGUGUGUAUCUAAUAUAUAUAUUUCUCAUGUCAUUGCUUACAUGUAUGCAGAAAUAAGACCUUAUAGAUGCCAAGUCUAUGGUUUCAGUUUUUUUAAUGUUUUCAGUUUGAGUAUGCAAUGUGAACUCAGUGGAGCUUGGCCUGCAGGUGUUGUUUUUCACUACACAGAUCGACCUAGACACCUUCUUACCACUCUUCCACGACCCAGCUCCAAAUUGACCCCUAGAUAUGUGUAGAUCUGAAAGGACUGGAUCAGUGUAGGCAAUACAGUAGGUGGAUUGGGGUGGUGUUGAAGGUAGGGGAUGUAGGUGGAUUGGGGUGGGUAAACAGCAGUUUUGGUGGAACAACCAAGACUCUGGAACUUUGUCCAUAUUAAAAUGCGUAAAGCUGAACCUUGUGUCAAUUGACUUGAAAUGUGAGACUUUUUGGUGAAUUGAUAAACGUAUAUAUUUUUAAAGAUGUAUAAUUGGGGGUUUUUGUGCAAAAAUGUCAUGGUGUUUUUAAAUAAAUAUUCCACCUAACUAUAUGUAUUCCACAAAUGAAAAGCAUCCAAUGGCCUCUGAGAUACAACAGGGAUGUCCUGUGAAGAAUUAAGGCAGGCUGCUUGAGGCUUAGAGAAGGACAUGUUGAGAACGACUAUAGAAAGCACUUAUUAAAAUGUCUUUGAAUAACAAUAUAUGGGAGAGCAACUCAAUUUAAUUCAAAACUAGAUAGACUAGUAUUCUGACCCUAUAAAUCAGAGCUAUGGCUUUUACAGUACCAUAGUACAGUCAAAGAUGUGCCUCUUCAUCUCUGAUACAGUACACAGAUUAGACAGAAAUUGGUUAACAGCGGGUGGUCAGUAACCAAAAGGUCACAGACUAGGUGAAGAAUCUGUUGUGCCCUUGAGCAAGGCACCUAACCCUAAUUGAUUCUGUAAGUUGCUCUGCGUCUGCUAAAUGACUCCAAUGUAAACCUCAGUGGCGACCUGUCGUUCAGGGCAGGUGGGGCAGAGAUCCCACAUUUUUUGUAAAAACAGUGUUGGGCUUGCCUGUUUUGAAUGUAAUUUUUUUGCAUUAAUACGUGUUACAACAAUGUAUAAAAAACAUAUUGAGUUAAUAAAGCCGCAUACAAACAUGA